AUGACCGCCUCCCGUGUGCUGAUAUACUUACUACGACGAGACCUCCGACUUCCAGAUAAUCCUAUUUUCCACGAAAUACACCAACUUUACCAACAGGCGGAAAAGCCGUUCACUCACGUUCUCCCGGUGUAUGUUUUCCCCGCCCAGCAGGUCGAGGUCUCUGGAUUUCUCUCGGAAAUUGGCUCCAAGUCACCUUUCCCCGAGGCACGCUCAGAGGUGGGAAAGUUCUGGCGAUGUGGCCCUCACAGAGCCAAAUUCCUCGCCGAGUCUAUCUGGGAUCUGAAAUCUCAGCUCGAAGGUGUAGGUAGUGGUCUCUUUGUCCGCGUCGGCCUUUUGGGCCGGGUCGUCGAAGACAUUCUGGAUCAGUUCCGUCAGGCAGAGGCAGUGUCCGUUUCGGCGGUAUGGAUGACCGGGGAGGAAGGCGUGGAAGAGAAACGAGAAGAGCGAGAUGUGCGAACAGCUGCUGAGAAGUUCGGGGCAAGUUUCAGAUUAUGGCUGGACGAGAAAUACUUCAUUGAUGACCGAGAUUUGCCGUUUGAUAAAGCUUCUGAUCUCCCAGAUGUCUUCACGAGCUACCGGAAGUCGGUCGAGCCAUUAAGAACCGCGCCACGCAAAACGCUCUCUCCGCCACCAGCUUUGCCGCCACUGCCAACUUUCGUACCCUUGCAGACUCACCCCUUCACGAUACCUGACACGUUCGAGGGAUUGGAGUCGAGGCUGAUGAAACCGCUGAUGGCCAGCCCUCCUCUCUCCAAGCCACCCCUUUUCCCGUCUUCGGGAGUGGCUUCUGCCCAUCCUUUCCGAGGGGGCACCACGGAAGGCCUGAAGCGCAUCGAGGUUCUCGUCAAAACUGGCGCCAUGAACAGAUACAAAGAUACGCGCAACGGCUUGUUAGGAACAGACUUCUCGACCAAACUUUCUGCUUGGCUGGCGUUCGGGUGCAUCACCGCGCGACAAAUUCAUUCGCAACUCCUUGAGUUCGAGGAUGGUCAGGAUGAGCGCUUUCAAGGCACAGAAGGAUUUGGGAAAGGUGAGAACGCAGGCACUGCUGCUGUGCGCUUUGAGCUCUUGUGGCGGGACUACAUGAGGCUCUCUACGCGGAAAUUUCGAUAUCGAUUGUUUCGACUCGAGGGGUUCCGGAACGACCACUCGUACCCGUGGAAGACACCCGGCAGCAAAGGGAGCGGCCCGGAGGUCGCCGAAAGGCUGGACAGAUUUCUGCGCGGGGCGACAGGGACAUCGUUCAUCGAUGCCAGUCAACGGGAACUCUACCUCACAGGCUACACCAGCAACCGAGCUCGACAAAAUGUGGCGAGCUUCCUGGCGAAGCACUUGGGCAUCAACUGGAAGUUGGGGGCGGAGUGGUACGAAUGCAUGCUGACCGACUACGACGUCAGCUCCAACUGGGGCAACUGGCAAUACGUGGCUGGCGUGGGGAACGACCCUCGAGGGGAAGCCCGAGUGUUCAACCCCAUCAAACAAGGCUGUGACUAUGACCCCCACGGUGAGUAUUGCAAGGCUUGGGUAGAGGAGCUGCGGGGUCUGGAGGAUGCGCAGGAAAUAUUCCAGCCAUGGAAAGUGAGCUCGGAACGGAGGGCCGAGUUAGGGCUUGAUGGGCUCGAGACGGUCGAGCGUCCACUCAAGAAGAUUGAUUUCAAAGUUGGCGGCAAAGGCAAAGGCGGAGGCAGUGGCAGCGGGGGUGGCCGUUGA